AAACCCCAAGCACACACAGAGGCUACGAAAGAGAAAAGGAUCAAGCGCCAAACUCCUCGGAAGGUAGAUCGAACCAGAAUGUUGGGAAUUGGAAGGAGAAUUGGACUUAACGGUAUUUGCUGUGAUGAUUCCAGCCCGUCAUCUGCAGUAUGUGUCCCUUUGUACUUGAAUUUUCAUUCUCAGCAUUUGGUGUGUGGUCUCUGGAAAAUCAAAACACCCUGUUUUUUCCUCUGGUUGUUCCGACCUUUCAGUGCGCGCUGGGCUGCGCUGCACUGGAAUGGGCUGAGCCUACCGUCGGCGGCUUUUCACAGGUAGAGGGGGGUUAUGGAGAAGUGAAAAUAAUACACACAGCGACGAAAACUAUUGCAAAGAACGUGAAGGUGGGCGUUAUCAAUCGGUUCCUUUCAUCGAUGUAUGUUUCCCCCUUCCUUUGAGUUCAAACAAUCUCAAAUCACGAAUCAUAUCAAGCUCCAA